AGCUGUCCUUCAGGGUGUGGAUGUGUGGUGGGAGCCUGGAGAUUCUGCCCUGCAGCAGGGUGGGACACGUCUUCAGGAAACGACACCCCUACGACUUCCCAGAGGGCAAUGCUCUCACAUACAUCAAAGCAGAGGUGUGGAUGGAUGAGUAUAAACAGCACUACUACUCAGCGAGGCCCUCAGCGCAGGGCAAGGCCUUCGGCAGCAUUGCAGAGCGCCUGACUCUGAGACGCAAGCUGAACUGCAAGUCCUUCCGUUGGUAUAUGGAGAACGUUUACCCUGAACUAAGGAUCCCAGAGCAGGAUGCAGUGUCCAGUGUGUUGAGGCAGGGAGGACUGUGUCUGGAGAGCCUUGGUGCAGACAGCCUGGGUCUGGCAGAGUGUCGAGGCACUGGAGCGAUUAGGCCGCAGUCACAGAGAUGGCAGCUGGUGGAGCCUCUCCUACGCCAGCAGGACCUGUGUCUCGCCAUCACAGCUUUUACUGCCGGGUCAAAGGUCAAGAUGGAACCCUGCAGCAACAAGGAGCCCCGACAGAAGUGGAAGCCGAAGGGACCAGCCCUGCAGCACAUGGUCAGUGGUCUGUGUCUGGACAGUCAGCCUCCGGCUGGCCCUCCAACCAUCACUCAAUGUCGCUCCCAGCUGGCCAGUCAGGUCUGGGAGCCACAACUCAUCACCUGAUUAUCUGAACCCUGGUGGAUGGGGAGAGGAGGAGGAGGAAGAGGAGGAGGAGGAGGGAGGAGGAAGAGAUACACUGGUGGCUGGGGAGAGGAGGAGGAGGAGGAGGAGGAGGAAGAGAUAUACUGGUGGCUGGGGAGAGU